UCAGUUCUGUGCCUCUCUCACUCUCCCUACCUCUCCUCAUGAGGUUCCAAGGGGACUUGCUAGAUUCAUUUUCUGCAUCUUCUAUUCUUCUCUCUCUCUCUCUCUCUCUCUCACAUCCACCUUGUACCCCUAGAAGCUUACUGCCACUGUUAUGAGCUUCAAUUAUUUGUUUUUUUAUUUGGUUUUUGCAGUAUGCUAGUUUAGCAAGCUCCCUACUAUUCUUGUUAAUAGUUCAGACUUCGGAGGAUAUUGCAUGAUUAACAAGCUUCAGAUAUGGUCAACUCAUGUGAUGAAACAAUUGUGUUAAGUGUUCAACCUGACUGGGAUUUAAUUGAGGAUCCAGGAUGGGACUUAAUAGAGGAGGUGAGGCCGAGACCGAUUCUCACACACAGUGCACCGGCACGCCGGAGGUCAUUAAAAGAAGAAAUCCUCGACCGUCUCCUUUCAAUAUGGAAGAAGAUAUUAAAAAUAUCAAAGGAGUUUCUUGGACCUCUCCUUCCAAUAUGGAACAAGAUAUUUGUAUUAUCAUGUGUGUUUGCUGUUUUGAUGGAUCCUUUGUUCUUCUACACUCCUGUCAUCAACGAGGACAUGAAGUGUCUGGAGUUGGACAAAAACCUGAAGAAAAUAGCUCUUGCUUUACGAUCUGUUGCAGAUCUCUUUUAUCUUGUCGAUAUUAUUUUUCAAAUUUAUCAACUCAACGUCACGUCCAAGAUAUCAAUAAAUGGUGCCACAUUUCGUUUGGAAAGAGUUAAAUCAGCUAAGAAGAUUUUGCUUUCAUGCAUUGUAAUUGACACUUUUGCUGUUCUCCCCGUUCCACAGGUAGUAUUUUUCAUAUUUUUUACAAAAAGAAGAGGCUCAAGAUCUUUCAUAAGGAUGUUUAUGAACUCUCUUAUUCUAUUUCAAUAUGUACCAAGAGUUCUUCGCAUCUAUCUAUCCGGCAAUACUCCUAAUAUACAGACUCGAGUAGGAAUAUUGGUUAAAGCUGUAUUCAACUUUUUUCCAUUCAUCCUUGCUGGCCAUAUACUUGGAGGCAUAUGGUAUUUUUUCGCUAUUCAACGAGAGAGAACUUGUUGGGAAUAUGGAUGUCGCGAAAAUGGAUGUGGAUCUGCUAAUUUUGAUUGUAAUGAUAAUAUAUUUAGAAAUGUCACGCUUCUAAAUGUUUUAUGCCCUACAAAUCCACCAAAUGCAACACUCUUCGAUUUCGGUAUAUUUCUUGGCGCUGUUCAAUCUGAUAUGCUGAGAUCAACAAACUUUUCGAAGAAGUUAUUGCAAUGCUUUUGGUGGGGUUUACGAAAUCUGAGUUCUUUAGGGCAAAACCUCGAGCCCAGCGGUAGCAACCAGUGGGAAAACGUCUUUGCUGUUUUCACACUUUUAAGCGGCAUGAUGCUAUUCUUAAUAUAUCUCAAUGCAACUUUGCAGACAUUAAGUGUGCAGUUGGAGAAAAUAAGAUCAGAUGAGCGUAUAUUCAGACGGAAGAUGCAGCUGAUAAGUCCAGAGAUCGAUUUAUGGUUAUCUAAAAAUGACCUCCCUAAGGAUCUGAAGAUGGUUUCAGGCCGAACAGAAAAACAUCUCAGGACGGUAAUCGUAGAAAACGUACAACGACACCUUCAAGAAAACAAAGAUGUUGAUGUGGAGAAUAUCCUCGCUGUUCUUCCCUUGAGACAUAGAAGAGGUAUCAUGAGCCUUCUCCGCUUGACAUCACUAAAGAAAGUGUCGAUGCUUGAAAGUAUGGAUGAAAAAGUGUUGAAAGCAAUCAGCGAGCAUCUGAAGCUGGAGACCUACAACGAGGGCAGCUACAUUGUUCCAGAGGGGGAACCACUUGAGAAGAUGAUGUUCAUCACACAAGGCACCGCAUGGAGCUACCCACCUACACCUAGUAGUAAGGGUGGAAUUACAAUUACUUCCUCAAACACGAAGUGGCUUGAGAAAGGUGAUUUUUAUGGAGAAGAACUUUUAAUUUGGGCAUUAAAAUCUACCCCCUCUUCUGAAUUACCCAUGUCGACUAGAAUUCUUAAGUCCCAAACAGAAGUUGAAGCAUUUGCUAUAAGGGCUAAGGACUUGAAGACCAUUGUUGCUAAGUUCUGGUGGCAUUUUAGAACGGAGCUCCGUCACUUAGAGGAUUUUCAAUUAGAGCAUUGGCAUAAUUUGGCAGCUUCUUCCGUACAAGAAAAUUGGCGCCGCUAUUGUGCAAGGGCUAAUAAGCGAAAGCUGCGAAAUUGGAGGAGUAAAUUUAUCCAAAUAAAUUAGUAAAAAAAAAAAGGCAACCUUAACUAGACAAAAUCGACUCCCUUAUUAGGGGGGUGUAUUCAAUUAGGAUUGUAUAAGAUUUUGAAAGAUUUUUUUUAAGUGACAGAUUUCCUAGAAUUGUAUAACUCCUAUAGGUUUUACCAGAAUUUUUAAUAAACUUGUAUAAACUUUUAUUAUAGACUUCCAUACUUUUG